CGGAGACGAUAGACCGACACGCUUCUUAAACUGGUUUCCACUUCCUUCCUCCGGACUUCUAUCCGCUGGCUUUCAUUCUUCUUCGCUGUCCUCGCGCGCUGUCCUCCACCGCCGCUUGCUCCCAUCCUACCAUGCAGUUGACCCAAUUAUAGGUGUCCAACCAACUCAACGCUAUUGUGACCUCUCCCCUCCCCCUAGUUCCGCCAUGGCUUCGAAAGGAGCCGUCUUGCCUCUUCUGAGGCGCGAAAUGCGACCCUCUUUCUCGCGUCUGUCAAGAGCUUCCGCCUCUCUCGCCUCCCUCAGCAACCCCGCACGGAUCUCCAAUAGCUCCCUGGCAGCAUCAGGCCGGAGGACUGUCCGCCGCACAUCACUCUUCCCGCCAAUCCAGACCCGAGCCUUUUCGCAGUCACUAUCGAGAAAACUGACAGACGAGCAUGGAAACUUCGAUCCUCGACAACUGGACCGAGAGUCGGACGAGGUCGAUGUCUGCAUUGUCGGUGGUGGCCCUGCUGGUCUGGCUGCUGCCAUUCGACUGAAGCAGCUUGCGAACGAAGCUGGCAAUGAGGAAUUCCGUGUCAUUGUACUGGAAAAGGCCGCCGAACUGGGUGCACAUGUUCUUUCUGGUAACGUUCUGGAACCUACCGCAAUGAAUGAGCUGUUGCCGGACUGGCUAUCGGAGGACAACCCCUCGCGGUUCGAGAAUGUGACUCCUGCCAAGGAGGAUAAGAUGCGUUUCUUGACUCAAAACUCGUCGAUCCCGAUCCCCGCCCCGCCCCAGAUGAACAACCACGGCAACUACAUCAUCAGCUUGAAUGAACUUACGAAAUGGAUGGGGGAGAGAGCUGAGGAACUGGGCGUCGAAGUUUACCCGGGAUUCGCGGCCAGCGAACUGGUCUACAAGAAAUCCGAUGGUUCAGUGAUGGGUGUGGCAACUAACGACCUCGGUAUUGGUCGGGACGGCAAGGCGAAGGAUAGCUUUGAGCGGGGAAUGGAGUUUCACGCUCGUGUCACCCUCCUUGCAGAGGGCUGUCACGGUAGUCUGACCAAGCAGGUGACCAAGAAGUACGACUUGAGGCGUGAUAGCCAGCCGCAGACCUAUGGACUGGGAGUGAAGGAAAUUUGGGAGAUCCAACCCGAAAAAUUUAAGCCGGGAGAGAUUACGCAUUCCUUGGGGUACCCCCUUCCCAAGGAUACCUAUGGUGGAGCCUGGAUGUACCACUUUGGCGACAACAUGGUUAGCAUCGGUUUGGUGGUCGGUCUGGACUACCCGAACCCAUGGCUGUCGCCCUAUGGCGAGUUCCAGAAGCUUAAACACCACCCUCUUUACAAAGAAGUCUUGGAGGGCGGAAAGUGCAUUUCGUAUGGCGCAAGGGCGCUGAACGAGGGCGGCUUCCAGUCGAUCCCGAAAUGCGCUUUCCCGGGAGGCGCCUUGAUUGGCGAUAGUGCCGGUUUUUUGAACGUCCCGAAGAUCAAGGGUACUCAUUCCGCGAUGAAAUCGGCCAUGCUUGCCGCCGAAUCCGCGUAUGCGGCCCUUCAGGGUAGCUCCGAUGGCUCUGUUUUCCUGUUCGACUAUGAAGAAUCUCUGCGGAAGUCGUCGAUCUGGAAAGAGCUGUACGAGGUGCGUAACAUGCGGCCUUCUUUCGGCACUCCCCUUGGGCUCUACGGCGGCAUCCUGUACUCUGGACUCGAAGCCUACGUCCUCAAGGGUAGGACGCCGUGGACUCUCAAGCAUCACGGUACGGACGCUUCUGCUACCAAGCUGGCAUCCGAAUGCAACAAGAUCGAGUAUCCCAAGCCGGACGGGGUGAUCAGCUUCGACAUCCUCACCAGCGUCAGCCGGACGGGUACCAACCACGAGGAAGACCAACCAGUGCACUUGCAGGUGGCCGAUUGGGACAAGCACACCGAUGCGGCCUGGCCCAAGUACCAGGGUGUUGAGAACCGCUUCUGCCCUGCGGGCGUCUACGAGUACGUGGAGGAUCCCAGCAAGGAGCAUGGCGUUCGCUUCCAGAUCAACGCUCAGAACUGCAUUCACUGCAAGACCUGCGACAUCAAGGUGCCCACCCAGGAUAUCAACUGGCAGACUCCCCAAGGUGGAGAGGGCCCGAAAUACUUCAUGACCUAGUUCGGCCCGACGGGCCUUUGUCCUUUGUCUUUUUACUCUUCACCAGGGAAUAGACGGGAAUUGGAUGGCUGUAUCCACUGAGACGUUACUUACUAAUGCUUGAUCAUGCGUUUUGAGGCUGGUAUGCCUGCGAUAAGGGAUCAUUAUGUGCGCUUAUACUAUAAAAGCAACCGGACUGGCCGGAAUGGGUCCAUUUAUGUAUAUAUAGUUCUGUAUUUUUGGCGAUAUCCCAUUGGAACCACCACCGCGUCGUGCUUACAUGGGACGAAAAAUGUUCAACACAGUAUUCCAU